GGCGCAACGGCUGUCGUUAGGACGUGAGCAGUCUUGCGUUUCCGAUUUUCUGUAAUCUUUUCUGAGUUCUGUCAGAGCUCUGGUAUAUGCUCUGAUUCUGUGAUCAGAUUUGAUCUCAAUUUGAAUUUCCGCUUCAUGCGUUUCCUUGAGUAGUACAUCGUGUAUUCAAAUGCGUUUCGGCAUUUAAUUUUAAGUAUAGAUAUUACGAACAACAACACUGAUCUGACGUGUGGGCGCGUUCUCGGACUUCCCGUGUCGUGCACGGGCCCAUGCCAUGGCAUGUAAUUUGUAGAUAAACGUCGUACAAUAGCCAGACCAGGCUCCACGACUGUUUCUCGUCGCGAGAAGGCAACUUGUGGCUAGUCGUACAAUAGGCUAGCCUCAAAAUUGUAAAGAUGGACGUCGGAUUUACCCAGGAUGAUAUCAGGGACUUCCUGAUGGAAAGGGGAGGCCGGGCAAAGAACCACGAACUCGUUACACAUUUCAAGAAGUAUUUAAACAACCCCGAAACAAAAGCUACUGCAAGGGAAGCUUUCAAGGACUUUGUCAAUACUAUAGCAACCGUGAAACAGAACCAAGAUGGAGAGAAGAUCAUGGUUCUCAAGAAGCAAUAUCGCGUCCCCUCCACGCCACGGCCGGCUUGCGACGAUACCGGCUCGAGUCUCGAAUCAGCUGUACUCGCAGCAUUGGUACGCACCGACGCCAACCAAUCACGGACGACAGCCGCGGCUCCGAAGGAGGAGGAGGUCUGCGUGAGAGAGGAGGCCAGCGAGAGAGAGGAGCACGCGCUCCCUCCCUACGUGCCUCCCCCGGUCUACACACCCGAGGAGAGGGAGACUCCCGGAUACAGGGCGCCGCCCGUGUACGCGUCUCCUCCAGAGCUCAACCCAACCAAGCUGGAUUUUGUAGAAGAAGCCACACCAAAGAGGCAUAUGAAGGAGUCGGGGGAGGCAGAGGAGGCUGAGCCAUCGAGGAGCGAGGAGGAUGCUAAGUCCGUGGACACGAUGAGUUUGGCUAGCACCACGUCGUCUACGUCACGGGAAAGUUCCCAGCCUCCCAUGCACGAGAGUUUCACCAGGGUCGCCAUGACAGACAGUGACAGCAGUAGGGGCUCUCCUUCGGUAAAAGACCGAGCACACCAUCUCAAUAAAAUUGAAAAGGCUCAGCCGGAGGUGCCAGUACAGAAACGCGAAACUAAAACCAAGCCGGAAGCAGAGGAAGAAGAUGCUGAGGGAUCGGAAGGAUACGUCAACGUGACCCUGGAUGAGGAGGAGAAGAUGUGGAUGCUGGCUUCCACAGCUGCCGACUACGCCAUGCUGUCAAAGAUGCUGGGAGACAAUCCAGAACUCGUGAGGUUCCGAGACUUCAUGUCUGGUUACACAGCGCUUCAUCAUGCGUCCAGAAGAGGGCGCUGUGAGGUUGUGAAGCUGCUUGCUGGGAAGUAUGGUGGCGACGUGAAUCAGCGAACGUUCGGGGGAUACACGCCCGUUCACCUGGCGGCCAUCCAAGGUCACAACGAUUGCCUGGAGUUGCUGCUCAACACGUACAAGGCUGAUCCACACAUGAGAGACUACAGUGGCAAGAUGGCGACGCAUUACCUGCGCAACAAGGGGGCGCUAGCAUCGCUCUACGCCAACCAGGAAACGCAGCUCUUAGAUGAAUAUAUCACAGAUUUUGAGGAGAGAAAUUAUAAAAGCCAUGCAGAUUUGGCCAAGAUCAACCCUAACUUCAUUCGCAAGGGAUCGUUUAAUACAAAAAUGAGAAAGGUCACGGAAGUGAUAAUCCCGGGAACUGUGGGCAAGGCAUGGGGUUCAGCAGAUGAUAUCGUAGAAGUAAGCGGGCACGGAGAUCCUUCUGACUCACAGUUGAUGCCGCCUCCUUCGAAUCGCAAGAAACCGAGGAAGACCAGCCACAGGAACUUAAACGAGAUUUAGUAAGCGAAGAAGAGAUGACGCUUAGUAACCGAUUGUCCUCGAGUACAUUUUUCUGCUGACAGUUUGCACUGGUUUUACUUGUGCGCCCCACCCCCACCCGUGCCUGCCACCAUAGAGAUAGCCCAGCAGUAACGUGAGUCUUAUGUGGAAGAGGUUCCCGUGUUGUUGAAACUGCACGGGUCUACCUAUUAAGCACACGUUUUAUUUAUAUAUAGACAGAUUCACAGCCCCCUACAGCACAGGAGGUUUAUUUUCUAAUAUUAUCUACGUAUCUGUAUUAAGAGCUACUAUACUAAAUGGACGGUCACGGUUCCUUUUACCCUAUAAAUGUACUGCGAGGUCUAUGCGUUUAUAACAAAUGUGAUCAAAAGUUGUACAAUUUAAUAUAUUAUAUUUAACAUAGUUGACCAUCGCUUUUCUCUGUAGACCUCCCGUCGUAAUGUUUAAAAACAUUAAUUAUGCUCAGAGGUGAAUUUUCACUAAAAAUAACCAACUUUAUACAUAGUUUUUGUAUGUACAUAUAUUGCAUUCUUUGAGUUUGUUAUCUGCAAAUGUAACGUAAAAAGUAUGUCGCGUAGUAUUGGCUGCUAUAUUUUUUAAAGCUAAAUAUACUUGAACUCUGAGGUGUUCUGUUUAGAAAAUGAUCCAUAACGUGCCAUUUUUUACUUGUAAAAAGACAUGUCUUAGAUGAGCCGUAUAUAUAUUCACUGUUAGAUAUACAUUCACUGCAUGUAUAGUAGUAUUAACAUCUUCACAUUUGUUUGUAAUGAAUUUAUCAGUUAUUUUAUUAUAUGUAAAAGUAUACAUUCUACACAUACGAAAUAGAUUAACAAGCGAAACUGAUCGUAUUGAGUGAGUCAAUUGUAUUUCUAUGCGUGGAGUAGGUUUGUAAUACGGGUCUCUACUAAAAAAUUGAUUACCUGAAAGAAUUAUUGUAGACACAUGGCCAAAUAUGAUUGAAAAUAAAAUCAGCUGACAGUAAAAAAAUAUUUAGGGCCCAUUUUUAAUGAGGCCUACACAUUCCAUUGCUCUCAAGGACAACGCAAUUCGUAGAACAGUAGUGUAGAGGAUUCGGAUAAUAUAAAAAGAUGCGUGUUUUAAAGGUCUGCAUUGUUAUGGAGAGGAUUUACUUAAUAUGUGAAAUAAAUGACCUAUGAGUUCAA